AUGCCCAACGCCCCAAACCAAGCUCCUGUUCCCCCUUCUCUCCUCCCCGCUACCCCCUCGCCCACUCGUGUGUCCCUCCAGCUGACGGAGGAGUGGGGCGAGCGGCUGUUCGUAGCGCUGGCACGCGCGGGUGGGCGGGCGUACAACAACAUGGCGGUGGGGUACAACAACAUUGACGUGGACGCUGCUACGAAGCACAGCAUCAGUGUCGGCAACACGCCCGUGAGUGGUCCGUCUGGCAUGCUCACUGAGACAACUGCGGAGCUGGCGGCUUCGCUGACGCUGGCGGCAGCGCGAUGCGUGGUGGAGGCAGAUUACUUCAUGCGCGCAGGGAAAUACGACGGGUGGCUGCCCACCAUGUUCAUCAGCAAUCUGCUCAAGGGGCGGCAUCGGCACGGGGCGCAUUGGCAGCGCCUAUGCACGCAUGAUGACCCGUUUCACCGCCUCUCUCAUUUCCCCCUAUACCUCUCUCCCCUCUUAAAGGACGCCAUACUGGUGAAUUGCAGCAGGGGUCCGGUGGUGGACGAGGUGGCACUGGUGAGGCACCUCAAGGCCAACCCCGCCUUCAGAGCUGCUCUCGGCGUCGAGUGCCGCCCGCCCUCCACCCAAUGCGUAGCGCCACCCGCCCUCCACCCGAUGCCUAUCUCCCCUCGCCCCUCCCCUCACACCCUUCCUGAUGGAGCCAGGCAAUGCAUCCCCUUAGGCCCAUACGUGGAAUCUCACCCGAUUAUAUGUUCCAACACUGAUCCCACCCUUCUCUAUGCCUCCCGGCAUCAGGAAGAGACGCUGAUGAAGCAGUACCUCUACACACUCCUUAAUGUGGUCAUUAUGCCGCAACCCACCCGUCUCGACCCUCCACUACCCAUCCCCUCUCUCUGCCCCCUUCCUCUCCCAGCAUCAGGACGAGGACGAGCCACUGAUGAAGCCGGGCCUCUCCAAGCUGCCCAACAUGGUGGUCGUGCCGCACAUCGCCUCCGCCUUGCAGUGGACGCGCGCCGGCAUGGCUGCCUCGCUGCUCUCAACGUCGCCGGGAAGCUACAGAGGCACCAUGUGUGGCACAACACCAAUGGUGUGCCCAUCUUGCUCGUCCAACACCCCCCUUCUCCUCCCUCCCCUCUACGCUCCCCUCCAGGCGAAGCUACAGGGCUACCCCGUGUGGCACAACCCCAACGACGUGCUGCCCUUCCUCGACCCCACCAGCCCACCCCCCAAGGUGUGCCCCAGCAUCGUCAACGCCAUGCAGCUAGGCGUGUGUUUGCUGCUUGGCGUCUCCCAGGUCUGCCCACAAUCACUCCUUCCAAGUUGUGA